UCGCAGGAAACAGCUACAGAACGGUUUAGGUCAGAGCAGGGCUGGUGUUUAUCUGUAUUUACUUUUUCGAUUGUAAUAUAGUAUUAUGUUUAUAUGUAAUUACGUUUAUGUACAGGAAUCAUUGGAGAAUUCCGCGGUACCGUGUCUGGUGAAUGAACACGGGUUUUACUACAGUGACUGCGCUAUGCUAGGUAGCAUCUAGAACGGCAUGCAGUAGUUUGUGACAGGAUUGAAUUGAGGUGUGCCGUACUAAACAACACCAAAACAAGUUUCAAACUCGGGGCUGUCAUCAUCAUGUCAUCACCUUCAGCCGCAGGUCAGCUGAGCGAUAGAACCGGCUUCCUCGGAGCGAGGAUCCCCUCAGAGGUGGAGGUCAUGGCCAAACACUUGAAGGAUUUUGAUAAAGAAGUGUUCAGAACAAUCCUCAAAGCUGUUGUAAGCGCUUUGGAAGGAAAGGACUGCAGAGAGUCUAUGGCUGCCAUCGCUGAGCAUGGGAAUCUCUCUGAAGAGCAGUUAAGCUACAUUAUAGCAGGAAUGUACACUCUGCUGAAGGAAGCGUUGCGACUCCCAGCCUCUUCUCUCAAACAGGAGGUCUUCAAGGAAGAUUUACGGGAUAUUAGGAUAUCGGAGGAGUUCAUUGCAGAUUUUGCCAGCGUGAUCUUCGGCAGUAGGCGAGCGGUGCUCGAGAGUGCAGCUGCUCAACAGGGAACCCGCCGGCCAGGCAUUGCUGACUUCAGGUGGAGAGUAGACGUGGCCAUCUCAACAAGCUCUUUAGCCCGUGCGCUGCAGCCCGCCAUACUGAUGCAGAUGAAGCUGACUGAUGGGAAUGCCCACCGCUUUGAGGUAAUCUUUAUUACCUUCACUUCUGUUUGCUACAACGGGACUAGAACUUCUUUAUCUGCCCUGAUCUUGAAGGAAAUGAACGACUUGGAGAAAAGAAGUGUGCUGAAAAUUCAAGACUGAAUCAGUUCAGCUCGUUAAACCCUAAAAGAGGUUCUAAUUAUUAUUAUUCUUUUUUUUUUGUAUUUUGAAUAAAGAGUGAGUGAUGUUUAAA